GCGAGGGCGGCGUUGGUGUUGGCGGAGGCGGCGAUGAGCGCGGCGAUGCCCGGCAAGGGCUCCCGUCCGGCGGGACAACAGCAGCCGGCGGCGGCGUCUUCCUCCUCCUCGGGACCGGAGAGCCGGGCGGUGCCGGAGGUGCUGGUCGACCCGCGCAGCCGCCGCUCCUACAGCCUGGGCCGCUUCCUGGGCAAGGGCGGCUUCGCCAAGUGCUACGAGAUCACGGAGGCGGAGAGCCGCGAGGCCUUCGCCUGCAAGGUGGUGCCCAAGACGCUGCUGCUGAAGGCGCCGCAGAAGGAGAAGAUGACCAUGGAGAUCGCCAUCCACCGCAGCCUCCAGCACAGCCACGUGGUGGCCUUCCAGGGCUUCUUCGAGGACAGCCACUUCGUCUUCGUGGUGCUCGAGCUCUGCCGGCGGCGGUCCCUUUUGGAGUUGCACAAGCGUCGGAAAGCCCUGACGGAGCCCGAGGCCCGCUAUUACCUGCGCCAGAUCAUCCUGGGCUGCCAGUACCUGCACAGCAACCGAGUCAUCCAUCGCGACCUCAAACUGGGCAACCUGUUUCUGAAUGAUGACAUGGAGGUGAAGAUCGGUGACUUUGGCCUGGCCACCAGGGUGGAGUACGACGGGGAGCGGAAGAAGACUUUAUGUGGGACGCCAAACUACAUUGCCCCCGAAGUGUUGGGCAAGAAAGGGCACAGCUUUGAAGUGGACAUCUGGUCCAUUGGCUGCAUCAUGUACACCCUUCUGGUUGGAAAGCCGCCCUUUGAAACCUCCUGCUUGAAAGAAACCUAUAUUCGGAUUAAGAACAACGCAUACACCAUUCCUACGCACAUCAACCCCGUGGCUGCUAGUCUCAUCCAGAAGAUGCUACAGCAUGACCCGGCUGCCCGGCCGACCAUUGACGAGCUGCUGAACGAGGAGUUCUUCACCACAGGCUACAUCCCUUCGCGGCUGCCCACCACCUGCCUUACGGUUCCUCCCCGCUUCUCCCUGGCGCCCAGCAGCCUUGACCCCAGCAGCCGGAGGCCUCUUGCGGUGGUGAACAAAGGUCCAGAGAACGCGGCCCUCGAGAAGGUGCCCGAGAAGGAAGACAAAGCCGGCAUCCUGAUGGAGGCCGGACAGCCCCUGCCCUGCUACCUUCCCGACCUGCUGCAGCAGCUGAUGCGAGUCAACGCUUGCCGUCCCGCAGAAAAAACUCCCGUCAGGCAAGAGGAGGCUGAAGACCCUGCCUGCAUCCCCAUCUUCUGGGUCAGCAAGUGGGUGGACUACUCUGACAAGUAUGGGCUAGGCUACCAACUGUGCGACAACAGCGUUGGGGUCCUUUUCAACGACUCAACUCGACUCCUCAUGUACAGCGACGGGGACAAACUGCAAUACAUUAACCAGAACGGCACUGAACUGUAUUUUAACGUGCUCUCUUACCCAGACACUUUCAGCAAGAAGAUUAAGCUGCUGGAGUAUUUCCAGAACUACAUGAGUGAGCACUUGCUGAAAGCUGGCGCCAACGUGACUCCCCGGGAAGGGGAUGAGUUGGCGCGGCUGCCCUACCUCUUGAACUGGUUCCGCACCCGCAGUGCCAUCAUCCUGCACUUGAGCAAUGGCACCGUGCAGGUCAACUUCUUCCAGGACCACACCAAGGUCAUCCUCUGCCCCUUGAUGGCUGCUGUCACCUACAUCAACGAGCGGCGUGAGUUCCACACCUACAAACUGGCUCUGAUCGAGGAGUUUGGCUGCUGCAAGGAGCUAGCCAGCCGCCUCCGUUACGCCCACACCAUGGUGGAGAAGCUGCUGGCCUCUAAAUCGGGGGCCACCAAGGCACCAAGCUAGAGCUGGGGGAGGCUCUGCUUGG